AUGUGGGAUAUGGAGCAGAGCCUUAGAGGAUUCAAAGCCGCGCUUCUCUUAAACAGCUAGACGAUGUUUGGAGGUAAAAUAAAGAGUCCUCCAGUUAAAGUUCUCUCAAGUCAGUUGAGAGAUAGCAAAGUUGGCAGUGUUACAAACGGAAUCACUGCCUAUAGCAUAAAACGAUUGGGAAAUGGAAAAGCAACGCCCUUAAUGUUAUCAGUUGUCUGGAUGCAAGGGACUGUUGUGGACAUUUCUUCAGAUCAGGAUACAGUGUCUCUCCUUGACGAAGCCGGGAACUUCACCGUCAGAGGUGUUAACAGCAUUCCGAAAGGAAAACCUUGCCUUAUUAAUGGUAAAUACGUGAUGGUGAUGGGGACCAUCCAGUCGCAUGCUCCAGAGCCGAUUCUUCGUGCCGUGAAGAUGGCGGAUCUUUCAGAAAAUGCAGCGAUUCACAGGGCAAUGUGGAAAUACGAAGUAGAAGAUCUCCAGAAAACUUUAACAUAA